UGGUUUGAGGAGAAGACGCAGCAGAUUGAGAACCUGGACGCUCAGUUGCGGAAACUCCACGCAGCAAUGGAGGGCCUGGUGGCCUACCGACGGGAGCUUGCAACUAGCACAGCCUCCUUCGCCAAAUCGGCAGCUGUUCUGAGCAGUGUGGAGGAGCACUCUGCCCUCAGCCGAGCUUUGCACCAACUGGCCGAGUCCACUGAGAGGACACACACUAUUCAUCAUGCUCAGGCUGAUGCGGACUUUUACCAUUUGAGUGAGACAACCAAAGACUACAUUCAUCUCAUUGGGGCCGUGAAGGAUGUAUUCCAUGAGCGUGUCAAGACAUUCCAGACCUGGCAGCAUGCACAGACAAUGCUGGCCAAGAAGCGGGAAGCAAAGGCUAAGGCGGAGCUAGCUGGCCGUAUGGACAAGGUUCAGCAGGCCCAGGACGAGGUGGCUGAAUGGGAGGCAAAGGUGGAGAGAAGCCAGGAGGAGUUUGACCGCAUCUCUCGAGCCAUCAAGAAGGAGAUGGAACAGUUUGAUAUUGUGAGAGUGAAGGAUUUCAAAGACAUGUUAGUGAAGUACUUGGAAGCUCUGAUGACCUCCCAGCAGCAGAUAAUCAAAGUGUGGGAGACAUUCCUCCCAGAAGCAAGGGCCAUUUCAUAGAGGAUCUGCUGAUUGCCUUGAGCUAAAGAAGUUGCUGCUGUAACUUGCUGAAGAGUGGAAGUAUUAGCGAAGGAGUUUCACUUUCCAGUUUAUGCAGACUUCGUUUUUUUUUUCUUUCUUUUAGCAGUAGCUGAUAUCUCCGAGACUUUUUAUUUUUGUUUUUAUUUUUUUUUUCUCCUUUUUAUAUGGAUACAGCCAGUUCCCGGUGAUUAAAGUUUUUGAGCAUUCCUCUAAAUUCUUUUUUUCUUUUCUUUUUUUUUCUUUGUGAAUGUUUGAAGAUGACAAAAUGCAUCUUUAUUGCUUAAAAUGAUUAUAAUUCAGCCAUUCCUGUUUAUGAAAGAUUUGCUUGUUGAUAUUUUAAGAUAUUUGGAACAUAUAUUUUUUUCUCUCUCCAUUUAAAAUGUUAAUGGAAAAGUGAAACUAGCAUUAAUCCAGAAUAUCAGGUAUGAGUGCUUUAAAGAUAUCUUGUUUUUGUAGAACAGUAUAUAUAUAUGUAUCUCCUGGCAAAAGAUGUAUGAUUCUUCAUUCUUGUAGAGCUGCAGAUAGAUUUUUUUUUUUUUUUUUUUUUUUUUUUACCCACAGACUACCCAUUUGUUAAAAAAAAAUAUUUACAAUAACGUCCACUUUAACCUUAUUACUACAAGAUGGUCUGGUAUAGGAAAUCAUGAAUGGUCAUCUAAUUAUUUCAGUGAGGGGAUGAAAGAUGAAAGUGUGGUGUGUCUGGGCCAGUUUGUUAUUUAUUAGUUCAGUUUUUUGAAUGAAGAAAAAGAUCUGAGUAUGAACACAUUAUCCGUGUUGAAAGUUGAAAUGUGAUCCGACAAAUGAAGUGCUUAUGUUGCUAUAUGGUAAUUAAAUGCAGUUAAUUAGAUAUGCUCUUAUUUGUGGUAUUUUCUUUUUUUUUUAUUUAUAUAAUCCCCUUUUGAUGUAUUUUUUCCUGAAUGAAAAAACGUUAUUGUAUUGUAUCUCAUAGGGUGCACUUAGUAUGUUUGUGAAUAAGUUAAGAUUUUUUUCAAGGGAGGGGGGUGUAUUUUUCAGCAUUUUAUUGCUCUUAGCUUGUUUUGCAUCUCUGGAAAAGAUGGAGGGAAAAUUUGAUUUACUUUGGCAACCCCUUUUCACAUUAGAUUAAGGUGUACUUUGAUUCUUUGGGAUUAUUUUGUUAUAUUUGUAAAGCUGAGUUUGUAUUUGCUGAAACCUCGUGUCAUUCAAUCUUUGUUUUUGAAUGCUCAGGUUUGUACUUUAUUUGUUGUCAUUAGAAAAGUAAAAUCUGUGCUGAAAUUGAUUGUACAGUAUAUAUAUGUAUAUGAUUGAUCACUUGAAAAAUUAUUUAAGGUGA